UGGAAAGUUUCCAUUUCCACACAAAUAUACAUCAAGCUAGUGAAACUAGCUAUAUCUCACAAUGGCUUCAACCACACCUAUGAAACUUGCUCUUUUCUCUAUUCUUACACUCCUCUACUUCCAAGCAGUAAUCUCUCUAACGCCAUUGCAUGAACAUCCACUUGACCCUUUAACCAAAGAAGAGUUUCUAACUGUCCAAACCUUAGUCCAUAACAAAUAUCACACCUCAAAGAACAAAGUAGCUUUCCACUAUAUUGGCCUAGAUGACCCCGACAAAGAUUAUAUAUCCAAAUAUGAACAUGAAAAAGUUCCUAUAGUAAUUCAUCGUAAAUCCUUUGUUAUUGCUAUCAUCAAUGGACAAAGCCAUGAGAUAGUAAUUGAUAUAAGGUUGAAAACAAUUGUCUCUGACAAUGUUCACAAGGGAUAUGGUUUUCCUAUGUUAUCUCUUGAGGAACAAGGUCUUGUCACAAAGCUUCCAUUGAAAUAUCCUCCUUUCAUUGCUUCACUAAAAAAGAGAGGUUUGAAUCUCUCUGAAGUAGUGUGUGCUCCAUUCUCCAUGGGAUGGUUUGGAGAAGAAGAGAGUAAAAGGACUGUGAGAGUUGAUUGUUUUAUGAAAGAAAACACUGUUAAUUUUUUUGUGAGGCCUAUUAGUGGAUUAACAAUGGUUGCUGAUCUUGGACUCAUGAAAAUUGUUGAAUAUCAUGAUAGAGAAGUUGAAGUUGUGCCUACGGCUGAGAACACUGAAUAUAAGGCUUCAAAACAAAGACCUCCAUUUGGACCAAAACAGCAUAGUCUUGCAAGUCAUCAACCUCAAGGUCCUGGCUUCUUGAUCAAUGGCCAUAGUGUUAGUUGGGCCAACUGGAAGUUUCAUAUAGGAUUUGAUGUACGAGCUGGUAUUAUAAUAUCACUUGCAUCUAUUUACGACCUUGAAAAACACAAAUCUCGUAGAGUAUUAUACAAAGGGUAUAUUUCUGAGUUGUUUGUGCCAUACCAAGAUCCAACAGAAGAGUUUUACUUUAAGACAUUUUUCGAUGCUGGAGAGUAUGGAUUUGGUCGAUCUACUGUUUCUUUGAUACCUAAUCGUGACUGUCCACCACACUCUCAUUUCAUUGAUACAUACAUUCACUCUGUAGAUGGUACACCAAGCCUCUUGAAGAAUGCAAUUUGUGUUUUUGAACAAUAUGGUAGUAUUAUGUGGCGUCACACUGAAACUAGCAUUCCUAAUGAAUUUAUCGAAGAAUCAAGAACCGAAGUGAAUUUGAUUGUUAGAACCGUAGUCACUGUUGGAAACUAUGACAAUGUUUUAGAUUGGGAGUUCAAAACAAGUGGUUCCAUCAAGCCCUCUAUAGCACUAUCAGGUAUACUGGAAAUUAAGGCAACAAACAUCAAGCACAAUGAUGAGAUUAAGGGAGAAUUAUAUGGUAAAUUGGUAUCAGCAAACAGCAUUGGAAUUUACCAUGACCAUUUCUACAUUUACUAUCUUGAUUUUGAUAUCGACGGUGCAGAAAACUCGUUUGAGAAAACAAAUUUAAAAACUGUAAGAAUCACAGAUGGAAGUUCAAAAAGAAAGAGUUAUUGGACAACUGAGACUCAAACUGCUAAGACUGAAUCAGAUGCAAAAAUCACAAUUGGUUCUGCCCCGGCUGAACUAGUCGUGAUUAAUUCGAACAAAAAAACUGCAGUUGGAAACCACAUCGGAUACCGUUUGAUUCCAGCAAUUCCUGCUCAUUCACUUCUAACUGAAGAUGAUUAUCCGCAAAUACGCGGUGCAUUUACCAAUUAUAAUGUUUGGGUCACACCUUAUAAUAGAACUGAAAAAUGGGCUGGUGGACUCUAUGUUGAUCAUAGUCGUGGAGAUGACACUUUAGCUGUUUGGACCAAACAGAAUAGAGACAUUGUGAACAAGGACAUAGUAAUGUGGCAUGUAGUGGGAAUUCAUCAUGUUCCAACACAGGAAGACUUCCCAAUAAUGCCACUAUUGAGCACUUCAUUUGAGCUCAGGCCAACCAAUUUUUUUGAGAGGAAUCCUGUCCUUAAAACCCUUUCUCCUGGAGAUGUUGUAUGGCAUGGUUGCCCCAAGUCAAACUAGAAAAUGUUUGCAUUCAUGAGGCCUAUCGGACGGUCUGAUCUAUUCUCACUUCGAACGGCAGGUGUAGCCAUGAAUAAAUGUCAUUUGUUUUCGACUAUUAUUAUCAAUUGUUUACUGUUUAGGAUUUGUUUUAUAAUUACAAGAAAUGCUAACAAUACUCAUUCUCUUAGUCGGUGAAAUUCAUAUGGGUCAUACACAAAGUGUUGAGAUCCACGUAGAUUUCACUCAAUAAGAGAACGAAUGUUACAGAGUGUUAGAAAAAAAGUGUUCAUAGCACUCCUUUCAAAUUAUUGUACAAGCAUGAUUAAGUUUUUUUGCAAUUUGUUUCGCUUA